AUGAAAAAAGAUGACAAUAGAAACGAAGACGGUCAUUAUGCUACUACAGAUCUAGAACAGCCAGAAGAAGAACAAGAACAGUCGCUAUUAAAGAAGGAAGAUCCUUUAAUAUCAAGAUCGCAGAAAAGUACGAAUAAGUAUAUACCAUACAUGGAUGGUCCACCACGAAUAUCGUCAACAUUAUCGAGACAUAGUAAUUGUCGCAAUAAUAAUAAUGGGAGUAUGAAGGAUAGGAAUACGAAAAUGCGAUCUUAUCCCAAUAAUAAUAGUAAUAUGAUUAAGGGUGGUACGAGUAUGAAUAGGAUUGGAGCACAGCGAAGUUCCAGAACUAGUCAAAAACUGAAACUAUUACCAGAUGAACCAUUCUUAGAUUAUGAUAAUAGUGGUAAUCGCGCGAGUGGCAAUGAUGUUGGUGGUUACAUUACUGGAAUUGUUAAUAAUAAAACCGGUAGGAAUAGAGUAGGAGGGAAUGAAGAAGUUUAUUCACAAGUUAAUAAGAUUAUGGAUAAACCAGCGAGGAAAGAUGCUGAAAAAUUAGGUAAAGCUCACAGACAUUUGUUACCUAGAACCACAGGUUAUUGUACUGCUAGUAGUUAUAAUAUGAGAGAAUUAAUUCGUUGGUUAAGAGAUUUCUCGGGAGUUUAUCAUACUCAUCCUAAAUUAUUUGAUGAAUGUUUGUAUACACCGUUUGUUUAUAGUGAUUGGAAGAAGAAGAACAAGAAAAAGAACAAGAAGCAAACCGGUGUAAUACCUGAUGAAGGAUUUCAAGAUGAUGAAGGAUCUCAAGAUGAUGAAGGAUCUCAAGAUGAUGAAGAUCAUGGAGAUGUUAUUAGAUUAGAUGACGAAGGUGGAGAGAUUAGUGUUAGUGAUAAACGAUAUCCAGAUUUAUUUAUAUUUGAAUAUGGAGUGAUUGUUAUGUGGGGGUUUACAGAAAGGGAAGAGAAACGAUUUUUAAAUGAUCUUGAGAAAUUUGAAAAGGAGAAAUUAGCAGAGGAAGAUAUUCAAAUUGAAGAAUUCAAUUAUUAUGUUACAAAAAGUUAUCAACCUAGGAUUUAUAAUGAUUUCAUUACUUUGAGAGAUGGAUCUAAUUAUAUGACUAAAUUAUCUAUAUCACAUGCUAUAGCGCAAAGUGUUAAGAUAUCGCUUUUUGAAGAAUUAGUGGAUAAUACUAUUGAAGAUACUCAAGAUAUUCCGCAGGAGAUUGCAUCUAGUGGUAAAGUCUCUAUGACUAAAGAGGAAAUAAUGAAAAGUAUUGGGGAAUUAUUCAUAUUAAGGAUAAAUAUUAAUUUACAUGGAUCUGUUUUAGAUUCUCCAGAGAUUAUGUGGUCAGAACCACAAUUGGAGCCAAUUUAUCAAGCCACAAGAGGAUAUUUAGAGAUUAAUCAACGAGUGGCAUUAUUAAAUCAAAGAUUAGAAGUCAUAUCUGAUCUUUUACAAAUGUUGAAGGAACAAUUAGGACAUUCUCAUGAAGAAUAUUUAGAAUUUAUUGUCAUCUUUUUAGUUGCUGUGGAAGUUAUUAUAUCUUUGGUUAAUAUAGCGGUUGAUAUGUUUGCAAACAGCAAUAAGUGA